AGAUACGCCCAAUGCUAUCAUGUCCUACUUCUUCCCCUGUUCUCCGCAUUGCUACACCCAGAAACAUUGCUUUUCUUCAUAAUGCUUCCUCCUUUCGCCCAGCUUCAAGAUCCUAUUCUUCCCGAAGUCGCAAAGCCGGAAGAUGUUUGAGGCUAGGCUCGCAAUUCAAGGGCCCUCAAGCAGAGCGGCUGAAGAAUGUUACACAGAGCCGAGCUUAUGCAAGUGCAUUCGAUGGAAAUAAAAGAGAGGAGGUACCUUCACUCAGGCAUCAUACUCUUACACUCCUUCACAAGACACUUUCCCUGUUACCUCGCACUCUUCCACCAGAAGACAUUUGCAAGGAAACUGCAGAUUCCUUACAACUCUGGGAAGCUCUAUUAUCCCAAACGUAUGCCAGAUUAUCCGAUGCUGUGGCAUUAGGAUCGAAGGUCCGUAUAGGAGUGUGCGGUAUCGAU